AUGGCCAAGUCCAAAGCGGCUAAGCGCAAGCGCAACGCACAAGUUGAUCUUCCACAAAAGCUCCCCAAGGCAGUCCCGAAUUUAACCCCGCCUCCUGAUGGUGUAACCGCCGAGUCGACACAUCUCAAUGCCGUCGUUUCAGACGAGGAACUCGACAUCACAAUCGAAACGCUCGCGGCGCUUGCGGAACAUCCUAGCCUGACAAAGUCGAAGGCAUGCAGGGACCUCCGAGUCGCCGUGUACGACUUCCGGCAGGCAUGCACUACGGGUGUCAAUACUGCCGAGGGCGCCAACUUGACAGCGCGAAUAACCGGUGCGUUGGCAGACGAGAAAUACAUUGAAGCCAAGAUCUUGCUCGCCGAGAUGAGGAUUAGGGGGAGCAACCCAAGAUCGGAGCCUUGUGUCGCUGGCGGCCUUUCGACACAGCCGAAAGCACACGACCAUGUCCCCCUUAAGCGCAGUGUUAAGGAGAUGGAAAUUCUCGGUGUCCUUGAUGCCAUCCUGCGCGUCAGCACUCCGAUUGACACCAACACGAACGCCGUUGACUCAACCGCUCCCAUCACCUUCCAGUCCACCUGGGAUCUCCGCCCCUCGACAACACCCCUCCCGGUCUAUUCCUCAGUCCUUGACAAAUCGAUUUUGAACGAGGCGCCCAAGUCUUCAUCCGCCCUCCGCGUCAUCGAACAAACGCCUGGCCCACUCCGCAAACCACCAAACCACCAUCCGGCCAUCCUCUAUACCACCGCCCCCAACGCCAUCCCACUGGCUCCCGUCAGUCCUACUAUAACAUACCACGCACAUCCCGCAGUGCCAGGCCUUGGUCUUGCCCUCAAUGUGCUAUCCGACGCUGAGUGCAAGGCGAUCAUCGCUGCUGGUGAAUCUGUCAAUUUCCUGCCCGACGCGCCCCUACGCGAAGAUGGAGACAUAAGCAUUCUAGCCCACAACUUUUACUGGAUCAUUGACACCACAUUCCACGACAUGCUGUGGGCGCGAAUUUCCCCGUAUGUGCCACAGUCGAUAAACGGUCGCUUGGUCCGAGGCAUCAAUCGUCGGUUCCGCGUGUACAGGUACGUUCCCGGCGCCGAAUAUCGGUGCCACAUUGACGGAGCCUGGCCACCGUCCGGUAUUCUCCCAGAUGACACAUACGUGUACGACUCUUCGCCGGAGGACAAGAAGCAGAGCUCUAUGUACACCUUCCUAUUAUAUCUCAACGAUGAGUUCGAGGGCGGAGAGACGACAUUCUUCAUGCCAGCCCCGCGGGAGGGAACGCUCAAUGGAUACCCGGUGCGACCUGUGAUGGGAGCUGUUGCAAUAUUCCCGCAUGGGGAGUCGAAUGGAGCCUUACUUCAUGAAGGUACAGGGGUAAGGAAGGGGGCAAAAUAUAUUAUUAGGACUGACGUAGAGUAUGAUGUGAAGCCUUGCGAAGAGUGA